AUGACUUUCCCUUCCACAAUUCAUUCCAAAUUCUUGUCCGCAGGCAACGAGUUAGGGGUAGUAGCCGUCGGGUUUUCCGGUGGCCAGUGCAAACCAGGCGUGGACGCCGCGCCCACCGCCCUCAUAUCCGCCGGCCUCCUUACCCAGCUGAAAGAGGACUUGGGCUAUACACUGCAUCACGAUGACACAGUCCACAACUACUCCAGCCUCAUACCCUCCUCCGACCCAGACUACCGCAACAUGAAGAACCCACUCGCAGUCAGCGCCGUUACGAAGCAGCUGUCCAAUCAAGUGUACGAGCACGCAAAGCACGGCCGCCUGGUGCUGACUUUGGGCGGCGACCACUCCAUCGCGAUUGGCACAAUCGCGGGCACGUCUAGAGCCAUCAAGGAAAGACUUGGUAGGGAAAUGGCGGUGAUUUGGGUGGACGCACACGCAGAUAUCAACACGCCGGAGACGAGCGAAAGCGGCAACAUUCAUGGUAUGCCCGUUGCUUUUCUGACCGGACUCGCAAAGGAAGAGAAGGCAGAUAUGUUUGGGUGGCUGGGAGAAGAGAAGGCUUUGAGCUUGAAGAAAUUGGUGUAUAUUGGCUUGAGGGACAUUGAUAGGGGAGAGAAGAAGAUUCUGAGGGAGCACGGGAUAAAGGCGUUUAGCAUGCAUGAUAUCGAUAAACACGGUAUUGGCCGAGUCAUGGAAAUGGCGUUGGGACAUAUUGGGCACGAUACUCCCAUUCACCUUUCCUUUGAUGUCGACGCUCUGGAUCCUCAAUGGGCCCCUAGCACUGGAACCCCAGUGAGAGGUGGCCUGACGUUGCGGGAAGGCGACUACAUCGCCGAGUGCGUGCAUGAGACUGGAAGUCUUGUUGCUAUGGAUUUGGUGGAAGUGAAUCCUUCUCUGGAGGCGGUAGGUGCUGCGGACACAAUCAGAGCGGGUUGCUCCUUGGUGAGGUGCGCGCUGGGCGAUACUCUCUUGUGA